UACCUCAUUCAAGGUGUUGUGACGACAGAAAGAAAGAAAGCUACCUGCUGCAGCCACCUUGUCCACUUCCGCAGUGUACAGUUGUUGUUAUUAUUAUACCACUUUAACCAAGCAUGGCUUCCCCCAAAGGGCCCUAGGAAAUAUAGUUUGUUAAAGGAGCUGAGAGUUAUUAGGAGACCUCGUUCCCCUGGCAUCCCCUUUCUCUGGAAGAGGGAUUGAUUGCUAAACCUUCUGGAAGUUGUAACUUUCUGUGGGGAUGCUGUUUAGGUUUUGCACCAAAUGCAAACCUCGCCACCAGGGUUUGGUUCAUUCUGGGGAUUCUGAAUGGAUUUGGACGUCUGCCCAAAAUACCACUCCUUUUUAUUCAGGAAGAUUCCCCAUUUCCUCUUCCAGCACGACUUGCACUUGGCCAUGUUUAAAUCUGGUGCCGAGUGCAAGCUGUACUGCUUCAGGCCAGAGUCAAACCCACCUAAUGUUAUGUGAGUUCUGGUGCUAGACAUGUUAGGUGGGCCCCACUCACCUGUCAAAUGUGGCCCACAGAGGCCACAAUGAAUCUUGCUUGCCAGCUGGAAGUGCUUCCCCAGCUCGAUAUGCCUCGAUGAAAUGCAGUUCUAUCCCAAGAACCCCAUGUGAGCUGCUGUGUAUGUUCACAUGCUUUGAGCACAGAGAGAGAGCACACCUGCAAUAUCCUCUCCAGGUGACGCAGUGUCAAAAGAGGGUGCAGAAGGCAGGUUUAUCCUGUGAUUCCAGGUAGGCUAGGCUAAUUCUCCUCCUCACCAAGUGAUUAUUGAGACACUCGCUUCUUUUUCAUCUUUGACACCUCCCCCCUUCUACCCUUAUCCUUCUGCAUCACCUGUUCCUGGGUUCUGCUUCUUGUUGGCCCUAGUGUGUGAUGAAAUGUUUGAGGCUGGCCUAGAGAGAGACCUUACUGCAUCAUUGCAUGGGGCUUGUGAGGACAGACAAGACCAAGUAAAAUAGAAGUGUUUCCACUCCUUUUUCAUGGACAUCAAACACUCCUGUAGCGGGAGACAGGAUGCUGAUUAGAAUGUGCUUCUGCCCCUUUGUGAACUUUGUGGGUGGCUUUUGUUUCAUAUUCCACAUGUAAAUAAAUGUGUUGGGGUUGUUGUUGUUGUUGUUGUUGUUUGCCCCCUUGCUUCCCAUAACAUAGUCUAGGCGUCUGGGUAUGGUUGCAUUUCUUUUCUGGCAUCCUCACAUUUGGCCGGGCUCCUCUUAGAGUGCGUAUUUGCACCCGGGUUCUAAUAUGCUCUUAAUUGGGAUUUCAUGCAAAGGAAGCUGGGUGGGGUACCCACUGUGGGCCAUCUUGCUUUGGAGUAGGGGUGGGGAAACUGGUUGUCUUUCCGAUGUCACUGAACUUACAACUCCUUGACUGCUGCCGAUCCUGAUGAGGUUGGGGUCUAGAGGGCAGAAUUCGGCUGGGUGACUUUCUGAUCUCUGUAGUUGACUCUCUCUACCUUUUCAAACGCAUGUCGGCUGAACUUAUUAAAUGGCAUUAGCUUUUUACAGAAGUCUCAGCUCAGUGCUAGAACCCUCUUCUUCUUGAGUCUGCACCGAGCCCAAGCGCUUUGUGGUUUAUGUGGGAGGAAACCUCAGUGUUGCCAGCGUCUUCUCUGUGGCUGGAAGCAUGUCUAACCUGAGCUACGCCUUACCCUGUGUCCCCUGCAGAAUGAUAGAGCAAGUUCAGAUGUAUCCUCCCAAGGAAGUUUUUUUCCGAGUGGCUGCAGAGAUGUUCUCCGACGGAACCUUCAACUGGGGCCGUGUGGUGGCUCUUUUUUACUUCGCUUGCAAGCUGGUCCUCAAGGCAAUUUGCACUAAAUUACCAGAGCUCAUAAGGACCAUCAUCAGCUGGACCAUGGAAUAUAUCCAGAAUCAUGUCCUGUCCUGGAUUCAAGCCCAGGGAGGAUGGGAAGGUCUCCUGUCCUACUUCGGCACCCCCACUUGGCAGACCAUCGCUGUAUUUGCCGCAGGUGUCUUGACUGCCUCGCUGACCUUCUGGAAAAUGUCUUAAUCCUCAGCCCCCACCGCCACCAAAGGGGGGCCUUUUCAUUGUGAUGACAAAGUGGGGAGUCACUUCCCCCUCUCUUUUUUUCUAAUCAAAGAAUGAAAAUUGGCUAGGAUUCCCCCCCCUCCUGUUAUGGGCAGGGGAGCUUUUAAAACAAAUGCUGUCAUUAUCUUGGUGCCUUUUGUUUUCUUUUUAAAGUGCACACCCUUUUUUUUCACCCAAGGAAUGUGUACUAUUUGGCUUUGCUUUUUGCCUAUCUGUGCCUCUUAGGGUCAGAGGACAUGGAGUGUGUCUGGGCUCUGGACUAUGGAAUGAAGGGUUUGAAUGGCUGUUCUUGCUUGCUGGAGGGUCUGUUGACGCUGCUGAAUUUCUGUUCGGUUUUCGAAGAAGAGGAUGACUCUCUCAGGUGGCACCUCUCAAACUGAAGUAAGACCACUCUCUAGAAAUGCAGAUUGAGAAAUCCUCAAGAGGAGAGAACCAAAUUCUUUCCCUACAGAACUUGAGAAAUUGUCUGAGCCAGAUGAUGAUAGUGGUUUGGAUUUCAAGGCAACUUCCUGAUCCGGCUAAGAACCAGCACUGCCGAGGAAGUGGAUUUAGGCAGAGACUCUGCAGCAACCAAUUUGUGUGUUGGGUGUUCGUUUUUCUGUUUGCCUGCCCUUGUUUUGAGGAAACUUCCAUACCUCUAAAACAGUAGGAAUUCUAGAGCCUUGUUUCAUUCUACCAGAUCCAUCUGUUUUUCUAGAGGAAAAACUAGGCGGUGCUAAAGAGAUGCACUCGUGCAUAAACCCAAGUCAAGAAAGCAAGAGAAGUGCUUUUGGAAAGCAAUUGUUCUCCAAGUGGAACAGAAGACAUUGCAAAAAGGAAAUUCACCUGCUUUGUUCUGUCCCAUGGAAAAAAAAGCUUUCAGAGGCUGGAGAGAGCCUUGGUGGCUUAGAAAGCAGAAGAAGUGAGGAGGGUUUGCAGGUUGGGUCUGUUCCACAGAGCUUUCUCAUCUCACUGCUCAUCUCUUCUCCGUUCUGUAUUUUAAUGGAUUAAUUGUCCUCCAGGGGUUUAUUAGGCAAAAAGAAGAAGAAGGAAAGCACCAAACUGUUCUGGCAAACCUUCCUAUACCAUGUGCCAGUGUGGAAUAUCUUAAUCCUACCUGUGAUGGGGGCAUUUGACUCAAUGUGGCUUCUCUUCUUUCUCUCCUUACCCCCGCAUGCACAAUGAUAAGGUAUUGUGACUGCAUAUCAGCACGUGAGCGCAUAACACCCCGAAACCUGUGGUACCGUGCUGGCAGCGCGCCUUGAAACACGUGGCGUUUACUUUCUUGCCAACAGGUGCUUGGAAACUUAACCACUUAACUGUAAGGGGGCAGAGCUUUUGCCCUUGCCUAGCAACCUUGGAUGCUGUCCGCUUCUUCGCCCCCCUUUCCUCCAGUUUAUCCUUCAUCAGUUGCCCAUUGUAAUGGGUUCUCAAAAAUACUUAUUACCGACCAGCAUCUUCCCUGAUGUUUCAGAGAAAGUUGUUCAUGGCAGGUGGAGACAGACAGGUGCAGGGCUGUCUGGCACAAGGGGGUGAAGGGUGGCAGAGAGCUAUGCUGCUGGAACUGUGGAGGUAUCUAUGGGUUGGUUUGGGGCCCUGCUUUGCCUCGUAACCGGCAAAACCCACUUCCUGUAGUCCUCUUCUUAGCUAGGCAACCUUUCAGUCACCAAGCCAUCCCUCCUGCUGCAUGGGUGCCAGGAGAGAGCUGGGUGCAUGUGCCCGCUUCAAGGAAGCACAGGGGCUCAAAAUAAGGCACAAGUGAAUGGCUGGAGCCAGUUUGGCCUUCUCAGCUGUUUUUAACUUUGCUGAGGAACCGGAUAAUACCGCUUGAGACCGUCAAAUCUGGCAAAGAAGCUCCUGCCCCAGAUUCCAGCAGCAGAUGCUUCUCGGAGCCCAUCUUGGGAAGGGGAGGGUGAUGGCACACAGCAAAGAAGGGUCCAACAGAGAAUGGCAUUUGGGUAUCUGAAUUGCUGCCUUCCAGAUGUUCUGAGCUACCGCUCCCAUCCCCCUCAGCCAACGGGGUGUGCUGGUGAAAAUUGUACAGAAUACCUGGAGGGCACAAGGGAAGGCCAGGGGAUUCCAUAAGCAGAGGCAAAAGGCUCACGUGGUUGCCAAGGCCUGUGCAGUGUCGGUGGCAAGCCUGUAACCCUCCAGGUGGUGUUGGCUGCCGUUCCCAUCGUCCUCCGCCAGUGGCCAAGGCUGGCUGGGGCUGGUGACAGGAAUGCAACAUCACCUGCAGGGUCACUAGUUCUCCGCAACUCGCACAGUGCCUCCUGCAGAAAGUGACGAUGCAGCCAAAACAUUCCCUCCCCCCCCCCAGCUGUACACAUACUUGACAGCACAUACAAUCGGGGCAGGAUAUGACACCUAGAAGCCCCCAAUAAUCUUCCUUUACAGCCAUUGGGCAAAUCGGUUCCGCCCGGUGUUGCGUCGUGAAGCUGGCGAGGAAAUGAGGAGGGGGAAGUUUAAGAUUUGGGGCAUGAAAUAUCACAUAGUGAUGUGGGAGAGGCGGGUCAGGGAGAACCAAAUGUACUUGAAUAAUUAUAUUGGGAGGGGGGCUUUUGUUACCUC